AAAAAGGGCCAAACAAACAAGAAACAAGGCCGCUGGGACCUCAAGAUCUUGCUUCUUUUGCUGGUUUGAUCUCUAUAGGUAUCAAAUUACUUAAUUUUGUUUUCACGAGACCCCAUUCGAUAUUAAUUCUUCACUCCAAAUGGGAUGUGUUGGUAAUUUCUUGUUCAAUUUUCGAGUUGCCCUGAAUCUGCGAAUCCAUGCUUAAAGUGCUCAUCACCUGUUUGAUCGAAUGCUUCAAUGAAUUUCUGGGGCACUAUGCCAUUUGCUGUUUUGUGUUAAUUUUAGCUCUAUGUUGAUCUUCAAUGUCAUACCCAAUACGAAUCACAACAUGUUGUUUUAGUUUUUCCGAUUUAUGAAGUUACAAUAUGCUAGGCAAUGAGCAUGCAGAAACCAGAAAACAGCAAUGUGAGAUGAUUCCUGCAGACUAACGUAUUAGCUGAUGAGCUGUGUUCUGCAGGAAAUGAGAGUUCCGCGGACUCUUGAGGUUUGGAAGCUGGGGACUGUCAACUAUCUGCAGGCACUUAAGCUGCAAGAGAAGCUGGUUUCGGACAGAAAGGUUCAUAAUAUUCCGGAUACUCUCCUGGCCCUGCAGCAUCCGCCGACAUACACACUUGGAAAGCGGCGAACUGAUCAUAAUCUAUUAGUUUCUGAGGCUGAACUGAAAGGAAUAGGUGCUGAACUGCACUACACGCAAAGAGGAGGAGACAUUACGUUUCAUGGUCCAAGACAGGCCAUUUUGUAUCCCAUUGUUUCGCUUAGAGAUAUUGGGUUUGGGGCUCGGAGAUAUGUGGAGACGCUUGAGUUGACUAUGAUUGAAUUGGCGUCUCAGUAUGGCGUGAAAGCUUGUCCGGGGCAAGCAGGAGAGACUGGGGUGUGGGUGGGAGAGAGAAAGAUUGGUGCAAUUGGUGUGCGCAUUUCAUAUGGAGUUACCUCUCAUGGGUUGGCAUUCAACAUUGAUCCAGAUUUAAACUAUUUCAAGCACAUUGUGCCAUGUGGUAUUGCUGAUAAAGAAGUGACAUCUCUGAGAAAGGAGACAGACUUGGCGCUUCCUACCGAUGAAGUAGUUCACGACCAGUUGAUUUCUUGCUUUGCAAGAUUGUUUGGUUAUGGUAACCUUGUAUGGAAGGAUGCAGAUGCUGCUUCAAUAUUAUCAGACUAUGGGGAAAUCAACUGAGAUAUGUAUUGUUUUGCAAAUGAAUAAAUUGUGUAAGCUUCUUAC